UUAUCAGCUCAUUCAACAUUCAGGACUCAAAAAAUUGGAACUUGGAAGGUAAAUUAAUUUCUUAAGUGUGCUCUAGUACUGACUACUGACGUACCGUACAGUAUACAACUGUGCAGUAACUAUUAGGUAAUUACGAGCUAGAACGUUUAUUGUUUUAAAAAUAAAAAUCAAUCUUCAAAUGCUUUUACACUUAACCUUGCAUUAAUUUUUAUAACUUUUUUGUUAGGUACUUUUAAUUUUUAAACCAAACAUAAGUGCGUCAUUUUAAUAAAAUGGAAUUCAGUAGCAACUUAGUGAAAGUUCAUUUAGCCAACUAUCUAGCCAAUUUACCAUUGCCAAAUUCAUUUCUUGGUAUUUUCAAAUUAGGUGGUAAAGAUAUAUUAAAAUUAAUUCCGUUUUAUGCUACAAUUGGUGGUGUAUGUUACCUUUCAUAUAGAGUUGUCAAACCAAGACAUCCUGUUAACCCUUGCAUUAAAAAAGAAUCUCCAAAAGUGGUUGACGGUUAUGACAUUGAAGAGUUGGGUGAAAGUACAGCAUUCUGUCGUUGUUGGAGAAGCUCUAAAUUUCCCUUAUGUGAUGGUGCUCAUAAUAAAUACAAUAUUGAACAAAAGGACAAUGUUGGACCAUUGAUAAUUAAGAAAAAAUAAAUCAUUAUCACUAGUAUGAAAUCACUGGAUACAUUUAUAUAAAUGUUUGUUAAUUGUUCUAGUUUAGUCUUUUGUUUUCAUUCAGUUAAAUAGAAUACAUAUUUGCAUUUAUUGAUA